AUUUGCAGGCUCGUUCAAACUCCAACAUUUUCGACACCACCGUUAAACAUCGCGAAUUCGAGUAUUGUCAUGGGAAAAUCCACUUGGAGAGGAAUGGUCAUUCCAACGAUGCGUUGAUCCGGAUUCCGCGCCCCAAGACGUACGACGACGCAAUGCAGAUCACUUUACUGGCUUCGAGGCAUGUCAGGACAGAGACGGGUGUUUACACCUACACCAAACUCCGUUGAGUGAAAACGCUUCAGGGGAAGCGCUAUUGGUGUAUUGCUUUCGCUGCAACUGAUCCUUGGGAACGCUUGCCAACCAGUACGCCGCUGGAGAAAAAAUAUAAAGCUUUGAAGGAGGCUCUGCAAACGGACGGACCGCCACGCUAGUUCCGAGGCGCUCGAAACAAACGUCGGUUACAUGCACUCUGUUAAUGGAAGCAACUAACGUUUAUUUCUCAUCUGGAAACUUUACAGUUUCCCCUGGAAUAAUGGUACUCGGUGGCACAUUGGCACAUGCAAUUUCGUUCGGAGGGAGAUCCCAUAAUGCCGACGAUCCUCUAUUCCUCUCCAUUUUUUGCACCAGAUCAAUCCUUUGGUCGGUGACCGUAUGUCGGAUAGAUCUCAUUCUGAUGAGAAACGUUGAGGAGCAUUGCAAAUGAUGAGAGUGAUACAUCCGAGUUGGUAUAUCUUGUACUGUAACAUUGAGACUCUACCCACCGCUUGCAUUGACUCAAAUCUGAUA